GCGGUGUGAGCGCUUCUGUUGGAGCUUUUACCCAUCUUGCAUUCACUGGCAAUGGUUAACUGUGUGUGUUUCAGCGGCCGCUCUCUCUUCACUGCUGAAUCCCAAUGACAUCAGUUCCUCUCGUGGCAACUCGGGUGGAGCAUUUGCAAAGUGCCCAGAGUAAGACUCUGAGCUACAGUCCCGGCAUUUGAAAAGGGAGAGGAGAAAGAAAGUACUGGGGUGGGGGGGAAGAAAGCAUGAGUACUAACUCGAACGUGUCGAGCAUGCAGCGGAUGGUGGAGCAGCUGAAAUUCGAGGCAGGGAUAGAGAGGAUGAAGGUUUCACAAGCUGCCACAGAACUCCAGCAGUAUUGCGUCCAGAAUGCCUGUAAAGAUGCAUUGCUGGUAGGAUUACCUGCAGGAAGCAACCCCUUCAGAGAACCUAGGUCCUGUUCCCUUCUCUAAAAUCAGGAAAUUGGAUACUUUUGGAAGAAACCUGUCGAUGACUAAUGUUGCCUCUUUAUGAAGAACAUUUUUCCGUACUGUUAUUUACUUCCUUCUUUGCCAAAACAAUUUCUGUAUUUAUUAGUAUCUAUAUAAGAGUUUCCUACUAAUCUGGCAGUAUUCUACCUUUUUGUGGAAUAUAAAUGUUUUUGCAUUAGAAACCUCUCAGCAGUGGGCAAGUUGGUGUCAUAGAAAUGCCUUAUAUUCAAUUUGUAAUAUGCUUACAAUUGGUUGAAGGGCAAGAGGUUUAUUGUGUGAAAUUGUUGGAAUUUUGUUAAAACUAAAAACAAUACAAAGAUAAUUAUGCCUACAUUUAAUAUCUUAAUUAUUAUUUUAGUUAUAGGUUAGUCAGUCCCAUUAUGGUUGGGUUUCUUGGAAGGAAAAUUGUCAGUAGUGAUGAUGGGCCUCACUACAUUUUGCUUUUCAAAUGAGAAUCUUUGAUUAAUGAUUAGCAGCAAAAUAACCCUGAUGAAUUUGGCAUCAGCUCGCCAGUGCUAUAGUUUAUAAUCUGCAUUUGGAGUGUAUUUAAUUUUGCCUUUAAAAAGUAAGUAAAGUUUGUUCUAAUUAAAGAAAAUAAUGCCACUUGAAAAGUGCAUGGCCCACUUGGAUAGUGGAGUACUGUCAAGUAAAGUUUGUGCAUGUUAUUGCUUUUUUUUACUGCCAUAAAGAUAAGCAGUCAAGAUAUAACCUAGGCCUCUACAGUGUUUAUAGGUUAUCAAAAAAAAACAAGUACAGGUCAUUUACAAAACAAACACUUGAAUGUUAUUCACCAAGUCUUUCCAAAGAAUUGUCACCAUCCUUUUUGAGUUGCUGUGACAUGGCAGGCAUACAACUGCCUUAACAUCUUACCUUUUUCUUUAAUUAUUAAUUGUAACCAAUCUUAACAAUUAUGUAGCACAUUUGUGUGGUUUCAUUAAAUUUAUUUGAAAUAA